AUGAACGGAUCCAAUACCACCACCACCAAUGGCGCGGAAGAAAGAAGGCCAAGGGCAAAGGAUAGAACGUCUUGGCUUGGUUACAAUCUGGCACGACGGGAGCUGAAGAGAAUCAUUGCCCAAAAUUGGUACAGCAACAGCAUUUCCCAGGAAAAGCGCCAAAGAAAAGAACAGAGCACCCUCAAGCUCUUGAAGAGAUAUCCCAAACUCGCACAGCAGGGAUUUGCGAGAAAGGAAGGAUGGUCGAAACGUCUCAAGAGAAAACGGAUCAUGUCGCCAUUAUCAUUCCUGGUGGAACUGGGAGCAAAUGUUUCGACGGUACAACAAGUCUGCGAACUCGUUCCGGAUGUUGUUCCUGCCAGGGAUUAUGUGGUGCUUUAUCCUCGUUCCAACACCGGUAAUAGUAGAGAACCGGGAGACUAUCCCCUCCAUCGAGCUUGUCAGCUGGGACGAGUUUCGGAUCAAGUCGUCAUCUAUCUGGCUCGGAAAUACCCUCAGCAUGUCUCUGCCCGGGGCACAGAUGGGUAUCUACCACUGCACGCACUGCUGCGAAAUCCUACUCGAAGUGCCACUCUCCAAGAAGUCCAAACACUCCUAGAUAUACAUCCAGAUGCCAUUCAAGACGAUUGUGGUUUUGGAACUCCUGUGGUGCUCGCCUGUAAAAGCAGUCAUACAACUCCGGAUGUACUGGAAGAACUCACACAACAAUACUCCGAAAAUCAAUUUCAGCUAGGGGGAGUGGUCGCAGAAGCCUUUGGAGCUCGCUAUGUGGAACGCAAUGAUGGACGCAUUUCAUUCAACUUGUCCCAAGCACAAACCGUCUCCCUCAUGCUGCCCAGGCUCAAGACAUUUACUUGUCUGCCACGGGACUGGCACUUCAACGCCUUUCAGCAUGUCAUGAGAGAACUCAAUCAUCAAAAACAACUCAAAGAUCUCAGCCUCCAUUUACCGUGUUCUCUGUUUUGGGACAAUAAGGAAGCAUUUGAUGCCAUCCAACAGCUUUUGGAACAGAAUACAGUCUUGGAAUGCUUGCACCUGGACUUUGGGAAUGAUAACAAUGACAAUGGAUUUGGAUACAAAUGGAUACGAACCUGUCUCGUCCGAGUGGUCUCGGGAUUGUGUCAAAACCAUUCACUGCAGGAAUGUCAUCUGAGCGGUGGCAUCCUAGCCAGACUGCCCAUGGACUUUUAUCGGAAAAAGUUCUUUGGUCCAUUGUCAAUGGUCCUGCAAGAGUCCAACUUGUCAUUGCAAUGGAUUUCGAUUGCUCCCUUGAUGUGCAUGUUGCCCGAAGAAGGUACGCAGGUUCUGUAUUGGACCCGUCUGAAUCGUUUUGGCAGGGCGAAAGCGAGAGACCCCAGUUUGGAUAACCGAGAACUUGGAGAGUUGCUUGUGAAAGCAAACGACUGGCUGGAAUCAGCGGAGCAUGCUUCGUUUGAAAAUGAUCCCAUCAAUGUUUUGUUUGGUCUGUUACGAGAAUGCCCCAGUGUGUGGGCGUCUUGA